UACCAACCCCUAGAGUUGAGUACAUCAGUUCGUAUCGUUAUACUUGGGCGAGGAUCUGCCGAUGAUCCUAUCGAUUUUAAUCUUGUUCAUAUUGAGCGAGAUCCGUUCAUCUCUAUAGCCGGUUGUCAUGUUCAGAUCCGGGCGAAUUUACAUCAUGCCCUUCGGCAGAUACGGCUUGAAGAGGAGGAUAGACACUUGUGGAUUGAUGCUUUGUGCAUUAAUCAAAAAAACACUCAAGAGGAAAGUUACCAAGUACAGUCAAUGGGGCAGUUAUAUGCAGAGGCAGAGAAUGUUGUUAUUUGGCUAGGAAUGGCCUGCAACCAAAGUGAUCUCGCAAUGGACCUCUUCAAUGACCCGUCCAAGCUGGAAAAAACACGCAACGGUUCAAACGUUACACAGCUUACGGCAAUUUUCGCACUGUGUGAACGCUCCUACUGGCGCCGAGUCUGGACACAACAGGAAGUGUACCUCGCUCGACAAUUCACAGCGCACUGUGGUAGCAAAUGUAUCACAGACACCGAGCUUGAUAUAGCCGAUCCCACCUUUGUACGCUUCAUGGAGAAAGUUGAUGGUUCCAGCAAGAGAUACGGUGAAGGUAGAAUGAGCCGUAUAAUACAAAGGAGAAGAAUUGCGUUGAUAGGAAACUCGUUGCGUACAUGGCUUAUUAUGUGCAUUAAGACAGGGCUCGAGUCGUCGCAUCCUCGGGACCUCAUCUACGCAAUGCUCGGGAUCAGUCGUGAUCAUCAAAACAGCGAAAUUGUGCCGGAUUACGACAGACCGUUAAGGGAAGUAUAUUUCGAGACAAUACUGUUCUGUGAAGGGAAGGUAGGUGUCUCUCACGAUGGUCAACAUUUUGCACAGAGAUUAGCCGAUAAACUUGACUUAACUCUGGAUGACGAACUGCGAACUUUUAUUUCAAACCGUCAAGUCCGUAUUCAAGAUUGA